ACUGGAGUGCAGGUCCAGGAAAAAACAAACGAAAAACCUUUUUCAAGGCCAGAUAUGACGGAACACACACAAAACAACGCCACCACCCCCAACAGUAGUAGUAGUAGAAGUAAACAGACUACAGAGCUGUGAGCAGCAGACUGAGAGUAAAGAAGAAGAAGAACUGAAGAAAUUUUAAAGAAAAAUCCAAACACCAGCUCACUUGUCAUCAUCUCUAGUAAGACUGCAGCAGCAAUUCUCAGAAUUCAAUCUCUCUCUAGGAAUUCUCUUCUUUUAUAUAGACUUGGUGUCAAAAGUUUAUAGAAAUGCAAGAAUUCUGCUUCAAAUUUACCCAGAAGGAUAGGCACCUGGGUGAGAUGGAAGGAAGAAUAGAAAUAAACCAUCAAGUGGGUAACAACUAUUAGCUUCUUCAUAUUUCAACGCAACAGUUAGGAGAUGGGAUCCACGGGUUUGAGUCAUGGGGGGAUAGGGAGUUCCAGGACAACUACCAGCUUCAAGAGCUCCUCGAGUUCUGUUGACUGGCUUGGAAGAGAGAUGCUUGAUAUGAAUAUAAGGGAUAAGACAUUGGAAGAGGAUGAUGAUAAAGAUAGUGAACCAGAAGUAAUCGAUAGUGUUGGUGCCGGAGCAGGGCAUGUAAUAGCAACUACAGUUGGUGGUCGAAAUGGCCAAUCGAGGCAGAAUAUUAGUUACAUAGCAGAGCAUGUGGUUGGAACAGGUUCAUUUGGAGUUGUCUUCCAGGCCAAAUGUAGAGAGACUGGAGAAAUAGUUGCAAUCAAGAAGGUUCUUCAAGACAAGCGUUAUAAGAAUCGGGAGCUGCAAAUUAUGCAAAUGUUGGAUCACCCAAACAUCGUAGCUCUAAAGCAUAGUUUCUUUUCGACCACAGACAAGGAAGAGCUAUACCUAAAUCUAGUACUUGAGUUCGUCCCAGAGACUGUUUAUCGUGUUGCAAAGCACUACACUCGGAUGAACCAGCGCAUGCCCCUAAUAUACGUGAAACUCUAUACUUAUCAGAUCUGCAGAUCGCUUGCUUACAUUCAUAACUGUAUUGGUAUUUGUCACCGUGAUAUUAAGCCACAGAAUCUAUUGGUGAACCCCCAUACACAUCAGCUGAAAAUUUGUGAUUUUGGAAGUGCAAAAGUAUUGGUUAAAGGAGAACCUAAUAUUUCCUACAUUUGCUCAAGAUAUUACCGUGCCCCUGAGCUAAUCUUUGGUGCAACUGAAUACACAACGGCUAUUGAUUUGUGGUCCACAGGUUGUGUAAUGGCUGAGUUACUCCUUGGUCAGCCCUUGUUUCCUGGCGAAAGCGGAGUUGAUCAAUUAGUCGAGAUCAUCAAGGUUCUGGGGACACCAACCAGGGAAGAGAUCAAGUGCAUGAAUCCGAGUUAUAUAGAGUUUAAGUUCCCACAGAUAAAGGCACACCCAUGGCAUAAGGUUUUCCAAAAACGUUUGCCCCCAGAAGCAGUGGACUUGGUCUCGAGAUUUCUGCAAUACUCCCCUAAUUUGAGAUGCACUGCUUUGGAAGCUUGUGUUCACCCUUUCUUUGAUGAAUUGAGAGAUCCCAGCACUCGUCUUCCAAAUGGUCGCCCUCUUCCUGCACUCUUCAAUUUCAAACCACAAGAACUCUCUGGCAUAUCACCUCAUAUCCUCGGUCGACUAAUUCCUGAGCAUGCUAGAAAGCAGAACUUGUUCAUGGCGUUAAACAGUUAGUAUAUAAAUGCUGGAAAUUGCUGGACGUUCCUUCAUCCACUGUUUUGUACCCUGCAUUGGUCUGAUCAUAUUGAGAUGUGUAAAGUUCUGUAUCCUUCUCUUUACCUAUACGCCGCAUGUGGAAGUUUUCCGUUAGAGAAAGUGAGAAAAAAAGUAAGAGAUGGUCGUGAUGCAAAUAAAAAUUUCCUGACAUGUUUGUGAACCUAAUGUCUGAGUAUUUCUAGUAUAAUUGAAAGAGUAAAAUUUCAUAUUCAGAUGUGUGAAGUUCUGUAUCCUUCUCAUUACCCAUAUGCCGCAUAUUAGAGAAAGUGAGAAAAAAAGAAAGAGAUGGUUGUAAAGCUGA